AUGAAGAAAUACGCCCUGUGGUUUGUGUUUCUCGCAGGAGCCCUUGCACAACAAGAUUUGAGCAGCAAGGUGUUCCUGUUCCCCAAAGAAGGUGCGACCGCGCACGUGAUUCUGAAUCCGGAGACAGCGAAGCCAUUAGACAAGCUCACUGUCUGUGCUCGCUCCUACACAGAACUCAACCGAGAACAUCCUCUCUUUUCAUUGGCACUCAAAGCCUCUGGAAAGGACAACAUGUUCCUCAUCUUCCCAAGGCCACCCAACGCUUGCUCCGUUUACAUCAACCAGGAAGAAAUCCGCAUUAAGAUAGACACAGAGGUUCUAGACUGGAAACACACGUGUGUGAGCUGGGACUCCGAAACCGGAGUCAUCGAGCUCUGGGUCAACGGGAAACUCUAUCCAAGAAGAGUUUCAAACAAAGGAUUUACUAUUCCCGUCCCAUAUAGUAUUAUCUUGGGGCAGGAACAGGAUUCCUUUGGGGGUGGGUUUGAUGCCAAGCAAUCCUUUGUGGGCGAAUUAAGCGAUGUCCACAUGUGGGAUUAUGUGUUGACUCCAGAAAACAUACAGAAAGCUUGGAAUAACGAUUUCAGCGGAUCUCUCAUUAGCUGGACAUCUCUGAAAUAUGAGGCGAAAGGAAACGCUUUGGUUCUCCCCAAGCGUCAGUGUAGGUAUUUGGGCUCCGAGUGUCCCAUACACGAUUCAUGCUAGAAACAGAAGUUGUCAAAAUGAUUCAACAAUAUAGUAGCUGAGUGCAUAAUACGCUUUGCCUUUAUCUUAAAUCCCGGUUUAUGUUGAUUCUGCCUACAUUAUCUAGCCACAUGAAGACUUCUUUCAACAUGUCCUUCUACAUUCCUUCAACCAAUUACCUGUCGGAGAUGAAGUAGACAUAACUACCGUUCCGGUUAUACUCAUAAAUCCAUACUUCAUCUUGUAGUGUUAUAAUCUGGCUGCUUCUUUGCUUGUAUUUACUUGGACACCAUGCUUAGUGGUUCUAAGGUUGUCCAACGUUUUGUGAAAAGGAGAAGAAAGCUUUGCAAAGCCUCCACCUUCAUAAGCGAUUAUCUUUGUUCCGGCGGUUCUUAACCGUCCAGCAAUGAACAUCUCGAUAUUUUUUAUAAUGAGCAAAAUAAAAGAAUUGAGACAA